UUUUUGUGUGUGUAGGUGUCCACAUAGUCUUCCCAUUGAAGUAAAGUUGGUUGAAGUUUGAGUGAGAAAGUGGCCAACCAUUCCCUUCUUUUUCAUCAUCAUCAUCAUGGAACCAAAAAUAAGAAACUAGUAAAUUACUAUAAUUCCUACAAAAACAAAGAAAAAGUUAUAAACUCCAUAAAAGGUGAAAGGUUGCUAGUGGAAAUAAAGUAACUUCAUUAUUCAUACAAGCCAAAGGAAUUGGAUUCUAAGUUAAACAAGAGAGAGAGAGAGAGAGAGAAUUAUGUGGUGCUGGAAAGGAGAGGGAGGGUAGAGAGAGAGUUUUUUUCUACUUUGUUCUGUUUUGUGUCUUUGACAGCACUUUUAGGAGUUCUUGCAACUUUGGAAGCUUUGCCAGUGCCAACCAACAAGAAUAUUGAAUUCAUCUUAAAUUUGAAGUUACAGGAAGAAACAGUAAUGCUACUGAGAUGGGAAAGAAGGGGAGUUGGUUUUCAGCAAUCAAGAGAGUUUUCACACACCACUCCAAGGGGAAGGAUUCAGAUAACAAAAGCACAAAAGAGAAAAAGAAAGGUAUAGGAAAACUAAAGCAUGGAGAGACCAAUUCUUUCAUUCCCCUUUUUAGAGAACCAAGCAGCAUUGAGAAAAUAUUUGGGGACUUUGAAAGAGAGCAACAAGUACUUGCAAUUAGGCCUCCCACACCUCCUGAGCGACCGAAAACACCGCCUUUUGUCCCUCCUAGAGUUGCUUCUCCUAGGCCUCCUUCACCAAGGGCUGCUUCUCCAAGGGCCGCUUCACCUCGAGUUACCUCUCCAAAAGCUGCGUCUUCUCGGAAUGUUCAGCACAACAAGGAGGUUGGUUACAGACCAGAACCAACUUUAAAGAACCAGCAUGCCUCGGCUACAAAGAUUCAGGCUGCUUACAGAGGUUAUAUGGCCAGGAGGAGUUUUAGAGCUCUAAAGGGUCUGGUAAGGCUUCAAGGAGUGGUAAGAGGACAGAAUGUCAAGAGACAGACAGUUAGUGCCAUGAAACACAUGCAGCUGUUAGUGCGAGUUCAAUCUCAGAUUCAAUCUCGAAGAAUCCAGAUGUUGGAAAACCAGGCACGGUAUCAAGCCGAGUUCAAGAAUGAUAAGGAUGCUGCAAGUACCUUUGGCAAAAUGACUUUAGGAAAUGGUUCUGAGGCAGGUAACAAUGAAGAUUGGGAUGAUAGCUUACUGACAAAAGAGGAAGUAGAAGCAAGGUUGCAGAGGAAGGUGGAAGCAAUCAUCAAAAGAGAGAGAGCAAUGGCAUUUGCAUAUUCACAUCAGUUGUGGAAGGCCUCUCCAAAAUCAACUCAAACACCGGUGACAGAUACACGAUCAAGCGGAUUCCCAUGGUGGUGGAACUGGCUGGAAAGACAACUACCUGCUGGAACAAAUCCACAAGAAAAACAAGUCCUAAAGAAUUUUCAACUCACACCACCAAGACCAUAUUCAGAACAAAAGACAAGUCCAAGACCUGGCUCAAGCACUCAAAGGCAACAACAGCACCAUCCAUUUUCCUUUGAUAACAUAGAUACACCAAAAUCCACAAAAUCAACUAUAUUUCCAUCUUCAAAACCAGCUAGAACUCCUCCAUUCAGAACUCCACAAACAAACACCUCGAGCAUGAUGUCAAAACAUUCAAGGCCUAGAGCAUUAGGAGCCAACUCACCUUUCGAUAUGCCGCUCAAGGACGACGAUAGUCUCAUAAGCUGUCCACCAUUUUCAGUGCCAAACUACAUGGCUUCAACCGUUUCUGCUAAAGCGAAAGUACGCGCUAGCAGUAAUCCAAGAGAAAGAUUUGGUGGUAGUAGUGUUGGUGGUGGAACUCCAACUCCAAGCAAUGAUUCAAAGAGGAGAGUUUCAUUCCCUUUAUCACAAAGAAUAGGGUCAUUGUUCUCUAGCAAGGAUCCUCAUGGCUCUCACAGAACACCAGAUAAAUAUCAGUCAUUUGAAUCAAUAGGAAAUGUGAGUGUCGAUUCAACAACAUCAUUGCCAGCAAGAGUUGGAAGAAAACCUUUUACAAGAUUUGUGUGAUUGUAUUCUUUUUAACCAUUUUUGUUUUUGUCUUGUGUUAUUGUCAGUUGUAUUAUGAUUAUGAUGAGUGUAUUGGUGGUGAUGAUAGUUUGACCGAAGAAGUAUACAUGUUGUAAACUAAUAAAAAAAAAACAUUCAUAGGAAAUAAUGGUUUGGUAACUUCUGAUUUGAAACUUUGUUUUUUGAGAUUAAUGUGUGUAUGAGAGAGUUUAUAUACUCCUACUAA